UGGGGAGUUGCCAUUGUAGUAAAGACCUUCCUCGAGACCGCCCUCGCACCCAUUACCAGCGCCAACAAUCAUCGCCGACAAAAAAACAUUCAUCGUCAGACCGUCAAGAUGGCCUCUCCUCAGAAGAUCCGAACCCCCAUCACCGAUCUUUUCAAGAUCAACCAUCCUAUCCUCCUAGCCGGCAUGAACGUGGCGGCUGGCCCCAAGUUGGCCGCCGCUGUCACAAACGCCGGUGGUCUCGGUGUUGUCGGAGGCAUGUCCUACAGCCCGGCAAUGUUAAAGGAGCAGAUUGACGAGCUCAAAUCGUAUCUGCACGACAAGAACGCGCCGUUCGGCAUCGACUUGCUGCUUCCCCAGGUCGGUGGCAGCGCCCGGAAGACCAACUACGACUACACCAAAGGCAAGCUGGAUCAGCUGGUCGACAUCAUCAUCGAAUCGGGCGCCAAGCUCUUUGUCUCCGCCGUCGGCGUACCCCCGAAGUCUGUCGUCGACAAAUUACACAAGCAUGGCGUCUAUUACAUGAACAUGGUGGGACACCCUAAGCACGUCCAGAAGGCGCUCGACAUAGGCUGCGACAUCAUCUGUGCCCAGGGCGGCGAGGGAGGUGGCCACACUGGAGACGUCCCGACCACCGUCUUGAUCCCCGCGUGCGUGCAGAUCUGCAAGGGGAAGAAGAGCCCGCUAUCGGGCAAGCAGGUGCAGGUCAUCGCCGCCGGCGGUAUCCACAACGGCCAGAUGCUAGCUGCGUCGCUGAUGAUGGGCGCCAGCGCCGUGUGGGUUGGCACUCGAUUCAUCCUGGUCGACGAAGCCGGCGCUCCGGAGGCGCACAAGGAGGCGGUGAGGACGGCUGGGUUCGACGACACCAUCCGGACGCUCAUCUUCACCGGGAGGCCCCUACGGGUGCGGAAGAACCCGUACAUCGAGAACUGGGAGAACAACCGCCAGGCCGAGAUCAAGGAGCUGACCGCCAAGGGCAUUCUCCCCUUCGAGCACGACCUAGAGCAGGCGUCGAGCAACUCAGACAGCGACACAGAUGCGGACGAUCUGAUGGAUCAGUACACGCCCCAAUUGAUGGGCAAGUGCGCUGCGCUGGUGAAUGAGCAGAAGAGCGCCAAGGCGGUGGUAGACGAAUUCAUCAACGACGCGUCGGCGCUGCUGAACGAGGGCGCCAAGAUGGUAUCGAAACUGUAGGUAUGUAAAUUAUAUAUAUAUAUACCUUUGUACGGGUAAUCGCACGGACGCAUGUAUAUUAAGAGCUGUAUCGGAAAUCGAUAUCAUGUUAUUGGGAUAAACGCGUACGUGCACCUGCGUACCGGAGGACAGCCUCCACGCGCAUCGUCUCAAUAGAUACCUAGGUACCUCCCAUUAUCGGCGUACAGAUGCCGCUUACUUAAGAACGCCUCUGCUCCACGCAGGCGGAAGCACAUGACGCCCGUUGUGCACCUCCUUUAUGC